AUGGAGAGUCCAUGGUUACACCCAUCUUUACUAUGGAGCAAUACGACUAGCACUAACUCUUCAUGGACGGAAAGGUCUACGUGUUGUGGCAAGGGUCGCCCUUCUCGACACCAGAUACAAAGAAUAUCAACAUGCAUGCAUCGCAACAAUCCAAACAACCUUAAACGCUGGAACAAUAUUUUUUACAUUAUUUCCAAACUUUAUUGUGGUACUAGAAGAUCCCCAGAAAUAUCAGAACAUGCAAAUCAACAUACAAAUCACGGUCUACCAAGAGACACAGAAGAUGCCCUACUUGUCCAACUGGAGUCACAACACAGUCCAUCAUGCGUCCACAUCCUAAGACAAAUACCUAGAGAUGAACUGGUCAAACUAUUUCCAGAGUCAUGGGUGACAAAUUACGAAAAACUCCAUGAUAGAAGUACCCUAAUUCAAUCAAUGGAUUCCUCUAUUCAUAGAAGAAAAGAUGGAGCGAUGGAAAUUGCUUUUAAACAACAAGAAGAAAAGCCAAGACCUGCAGCUUUCUAUACGGAAAUCAAUACAAUCUCUCCAAUUGAUAACAACCAAAAAGAACAAAAGGAGUUAGCAAAGCAUCUACCCGGCAUUCCAAUAGAAUUUUUUUAUUCACUCGGAGAUCCCGUCUACUCGUUCGCUUAUGAGACAGGUCACAAAUUCUUCGAUAUUUGUGAUUGUGAAAAAUGCUUAAUGAAUAGUUCUGACGAAGACGAAACACCAAGACGAAGAAAAAAAAAAUCUUCCCAGCAAAUUCUCAAAGAACGAUAUGAGUCCGGAGACCCGCAGACGGUUUACUCAGAGAACCAAGCGGAAGAAAUUUUGAAUAUUAUGUCUGUUCAAACACAACCUUUAUCUUUUUCUCAAGAUCCAAGUAUUUUUGGUUCAUCCUCCUUUUUACCAAAAAGGGUUGCUAUAGAAAGACAAGCCAUAAAAAGGAAGCAAUCAACGGGCAAAGAAAAAGAACAUAUCCCAAGCACCUCAAAGCCUCAAACUCCACCCGAAAGAAAUGACAAACAAUUUAUGGUGGAACAUGCCAACCCAAUCACUACUUUCCUUGAGAAGGUUGCUUAUCAAGAAAGAAAUCCUAAGCGGCAAACCACGACAACAAUGUCUGAAAAUAUAAAGGAUGAACCAGCCGAAGAGGUCUUAAUCCCGCAUUUCAUGAUGGCCGAACCAACUGUAGAAGAAAAGGACAUGGAGAGCGAUGAUGGCAGAAUCUAUGAAGAAAGGUAAGAAUCUCGUAAGCCUCCGCUAGAUUGGAAUCCAAGAUUUAAUGCCGAACCACAUAAUGGUUUCUCUCUUGACGAAAUUCCUCCAUCAAAAUGGCGAGACAAAAUCUACGAGAUGCACGCUUGGCUUACCGAACAUCUACUCAACCUAAGAGCUACCUUCCCAUGGUCAUUGACAAGAUGGUUUCCAAAUUCCAAGGACGACUUAACUCUGAAUGUGAAUUAGCACAAGAAGUAUUGAUAAUCUUGUCUAGGACAAUACAUCUUACCACACUCCAAUGGAAUCUCAUCAUUUGCAGCAAAACACAUAAAGUCAACAAGACCUCUUUAUAUUCCUUUGUUAAUUUUCUGGUACCUUCAUCUGUAUAAUUAUCCAUCCACUCACGAUUUUUGUUUUUUGGUAUUGUCGUUGAAAACAGUUUUCAAUUUUUCCUCUGAUUUAGAGAAAGUAAAGCUUCACAU